UGAGAUUCUAGCUAUCUGUAUAACACAGCCAGAGCCUGUGCCCUUAGCUACCUGCCAGUGCCUAUCUGCGCAGCAGUGCAUGGGUUAAGCACCACACCUGAGCUUUGAUAGUGAGUGCAACAAUGGGACAGAGGGAGCGAGAGUGCAGGUAGCAGCUGCUUCUUACAUUGGGUGGCACUUACCCAAACUCCGCCCACCUCACCUGGGGCUCAGCUGUCAGACAGGGAGAAGCAGCAGGAGUGGCCGGUGUGCGGAGGCUCAAAAUUCAGGACAGAUAUGCCAGGAUCCAGCAGUGCCUUCAUCCCCACCGUCAACGCCAUCACUACCAGCCAAGACCUUCAGUGGAUGGUGCAACCGACUGUCAUCACCUCCAUGUCCAACCCCUAUGGCCGCUCCCAUCCUUACAGCCACUCGGUGCCCAACUUGGCUUCAGUCACGGGUCACUCGGCUCUGCAGAGACCGGGCGUCAUCAAAACCAUCGGCACCACGGCCGGCAGGAGGAGAAGAGACGAGCAGCUCUCACCUGAGGAAGAGGAGAAACGGAGAGUCCGGAGGGAGCGGAACAAACUGGCGGCAGCGAAAUGUCGCAACAGGCGGCGAGAACUGACAGAUAAACUGCAGGCCGAGACGGAGAAGCUGGAGCAGGAGAAGUCCGGGUUACAGAAAGAGAUUGCCGACCUGCAGAAGGAGAAGGAUAAGUUGGAGUUCAUGCUUGUCGCCCACUCGCCGAUGUGCAAGAUCAGCACCGAUGACCGGACCAACGCCCCCCAGAUCGUCCGGCCCGUGAAGGUCGUUAUCAAGCAGGAGCCGGUCGAGGAAGUCAUUGCAACGACCAAAGUCACCCAACGCUCCGUCAUAAAACCAAUCAACAUCGCCGGAGGUUUCUUCAACGAGGAGCCGCUCAACACUCCCGUCGUUAUGUCAUCGACGCCCCCCUCCACCCCCAACACCUCCAACCUUGUCUUCACCUACCCAAGUGUCCUGGACCAAGAUUCUUCAACCUCCCCUUCGGAAUCUUGUUCCAAAGCCCACCGUCGGAGCAGCAGCAGCGGCGACCAAUCGUCCGAUUCGUUGAACUCGCCCACCCUCCUGGCUUUGUAACCAUCACUGUAGAACUUCUUAAGGAACAAAAAGGGAACCGGCUGGUUGGGCGGGAUCUUCCCUACCAAGAGUAUGAUUGUAUUUUCAGAACAAGUUCAACGUUUAAACUGGAUACCGCGCUCCAACGUGGCCUGGGAUCUGCUCGGCCGCAGAGCUGACGAUCAAGCUUGCAUUCCUUCAUACAGAUACCAACCUCAUGUUUUGAAUCCUUUCUCAUUCAUCGGGGUACCCAAGACAUUUCAUCCAGUCUUUGUGGUAGAGGAUUGAUUUUCAUUGUUCUGAGGGCACUUUAAUGGAAUCGCCUCUUCUUAUAGAGAGGGGGGGGGUUAUUCUUCACUGGAUGAAGGUACCGAAUUUAUUAUUGUGUUUUUGUUUUUCAAUUGUGAAACUUGCAUUUCCCAACAUGAACACCAUCCCGUCGGCCUUUUGCCAAAUCACGUUGGUCGGUUGAGAAGAUGGCUUCACAAAUGGCGGCUACACUCCAACGGGUACGGAGCUUAUACAGUGCCAAAGACCGCUUUUGGGGCAGAUUCCCUGAAACUCUCAACUUUUUGGAUAUGGGCAAAGAAAAAAAUAUUGUUGGCAAUAUGUCAUCGCCCCUCGUGCCUUUUGGAUUCGGAGUUCAGAACCUUUUGCAACGACGCAAAUACGCUCGACAAGCCAUAGAGGGAUAGAACGGAUUCUCUCUCCGCCGCGGUCCAGUGAAUUCUGUUCCAUUAGACGCGCGGAAUUCGUGGUGUCGUGACCAGUUCUUCUACUUUUUUUUUGUUUUUGGGUUCCCCGUGCCGGGGCUGGUUACCCCCCCGAGUGCCCCGGAGCUGACGGGAUUAUGCACAUAAGACUUUAGGGUCUUCAGAUGCCUUUUUAUGUUACUAAGCACAAUGCAAUAAGUCGUAGAAUGUGUUAUUCCAACGGGUCGGUGGGGCGGGGGGGCAGAAUAAUAAGCAAAAAGAAAGAGCUUCAGAUCUUAUUUAAUGAGUGGAUACAGGUCUAUAAAGGGACGGUGCCGGUAGAAUGUAACCAUGUAGCGAGAUGGGUAGCCGCUAUGUACCCCCCACUUCAGGGCGAACCAUUAGAUAUGAUCCAAGUGAUGGAGUCCCCACCAAUGGCUAAUUACCGUAACAGGGACCCCAGAAACUAACAAAAAGAGGCUUUUGUCACGUAGGAGCCCCCCCCCCCAUCUACAUUUAUGCACAAAUGAGUGCCAGACGCACAGUGGGGAUAGUCGCCCAUCACUGUAAUACACGUUCAGGGUCACUUGACCUUUAAACGAAGCACAUAAUUGGCACUAAUUGGCACUGAUUGGCACAAAGGUUCUUGCUAAGCUUCCUUUUAUUGGUUCUUCAUUCAAAGCUUUUCUUUAUUCCUUUUCCUCUUUGUUAUCUGAGCAGCCAUUGGGUAUAUCAUUCCCGAGUUUGUACCCGUCACUGAGCCCAGAUGAGUCCGACGAGUCGCCGUUAAUUUCCAAUGAGAAUAACAAUUUGUUGAGUUGCCAUUGUCUCCGUAAUGUAUUUGGGGGAUGGGGAAAGGACAAACAAUCAUUUGUUAAAGACAAACAAUUUGAAAUAUAAAGGGGAGGUUCACCUUCAAAUUAACUUUUGGUACGUUAUAGAAUGGCCUAUUCCUAGCAAUUUUUCAAUUGGUCCUCAUUUUUUUAAUUGUUUUUGAAUUAUUUGCCACUCUAGAACCCCAGAAGCCAAAAAUCUGUUGCUCUACAAGGGUCCAAUUUUGUUAUUGUUAUAGUUUAUUACUUAUCUUUCUAUUCCGCCCCUUUCCUGUUCAUAUUCUAAUGGCUUACACACAUGCCUGCUCGGUUGCUAGGGUAAUUCGAACCCUAGCAACAAGAUAGCUGUUAAAUUUUCAAACUGUAGAGCUGCCAAACAAAAGCUUAAUAAUUCAAAAACCACCCAUCAUAAAAAAGGAAGACCAACUGCAAAGUGUCUCUGUACAGCAUACUAAAUGUUAAUUUAAAGGUGAACAACCCAAUAUAUAUUUAUAUUUUUUAAUAUUUGUUGAGUUCCCAUUGUCUCCGUAAUGAUUUUGGGGGGUAGUGAUUAUCUGUUGGGGGGUCACCAUUUGAUAUUGGGAGAUUUCUGACCCUGCUGAACAAUUACAGACAAUUUGUGUCUCUGCUUUAUACUGAAUUUUUGCUAUUUGAUGCGGACGCAGUAGGAAAAAAAAAUAAAAAUCUGUUUCUUAUAUGUGAGAAACCCAUAGUAUUACAUCCCUAGUAAAACUGAAAAAACACUUCAAAAGGUGCUAGGUAUCCCCUAAAUCUAUUGGUGAUUUGUUAUAAUCAUAUGAAUACAGAUGCGGGGGCUAUGAAAUUAACUUUUAUUAUGAUGUAGACAGUGAUAUUCUGAGACAAUUUGCAAUUGGUCUUCAUUUUUUAUCUGCUGUAGUUUUACAGUUAUUUAGCAUUUAGUUCAGCAGCUAUCUGGUUGCUAGGGUCUUGUUUACAUUAGCAACCAGGCAGCGGCAUGAAUGAGAGGCUGGAAUAUGAAUAGAAGAGGGACUAAAUAAAAAGAUAAGGGAUACAAAGUUACAACAAAGACAAAUAAUUAUAAAUAAAAUUUUAUUUGGCAGCUAUCUGGUUGCUAGGGUCUUGUUUACCUUAGCAACCAGGCAGUGGCAUGAAUGAGAGGCUGGAAUAUGAAUAGAAGAGGGACUAAAUAAAAAGAUAAGGGAUACAAAGUUACAACAAAGACAAAUAAUUAUAAAUAAAUAUUAUUUGGCAGCUAUCUGGUUGCUAGGGUCUUGUUUACCUUAGCAACCAGGCAGUGGCGUGAAUGAGAGGCUGGAAUAUGAAUAGAAGAGGGACUAAAUAAAAAGGUAAGGGAUACAAAGUUACAACAAAGACAAAUAAUUAUAAAUAAAAUAUUAUAAAUAACAAUAAUAAAUAAAAAAUGAAGACCAAUUGCAAAGUUGCUAGGGAUAGUACAUUCUAUAACAUAAUAAAUGUUAUCAUGAAAGAUUUUUUUAGAAAUGAAAAUAACAAUCUUUUAUAUCUUUCAAUCGUCAAUUUACCCCGUUUAAAAAAACAAUAUAUAUAUUUAUAUUUUCCCUAAAUCCUGCUGCGAAGUGUAGGGGUGUUUGCUGGGGCCCCUAAGCCAUAGAUCCGUGGGCAGGGUGGGUUGAGGAGCUAAUGCCAAGGUACUUGUGUUAGUUGUUUACAAAAACUGCGUCUGGAUGGUUUGUAGCAGACCCUUGGGUUUAAAGGACAAGUCAACCCAAAAUAUCAUCUUUUGCCUGAUAAAAGAAAAAAAAAUAUUUUUGGGGGUUAACUUGUCCUUUAAGAAGCUGGGUUCAAGAUUCUUGAAAGCUUUCCUUUUCACAUCUGCAUUAACUGUAUAACGAAAAGAAAAGAUCAGUUGACAUAGAAGAAACUCAAGUCUUAUACGGUGUCUGGUUAUGGAAGGGAAGCCAAUAAAGGGCAAGUACAACCACAAAUUAUAGACUCAGAUAAAUAUAUUACAUUUUAAAAGCCAUAUCUAUCAAGACGAAGCUUUGUUACCUUUGUAGCAGAUCACUGAGUAUUUUAUGAUCUGGAAUAAAGGGUAACUAGUCCUAAUCCCACCCACCAGCAGUGUUGCACCCAGGGAGGAAACCAAAGAGUUAAUAGCCAAUAUUCUCACCACUUACACCAGUUUAUUGUCGUAUUUUUGAACUGGGACCCCCCCCAGGAUCUGCUAUGGGAGCAACUAUGGCUCCGAAUGGUCUUAAAAAUCCUUUUUGUUCCCCCCCCCCCCAAGUGUCUCUCUGUCUCCUCCCCCAGCGGUGAAAAACAUAAAACUAAAACAACCUAUUUAUUAUAAUAAUCCACAAUUCCAAGAGUUCAGUCGAUUUCACUAUUUUCAAAAGAGAAAAGAAAAAAAACAUCAAUGGUUUUUGUGUAUUUUGGGAGCUUUUUAAUUUUAUUCCUUAUUUAUUAUGAUAUGUUUACAUGUUUGGGGGUUUAUUCUUGAUGUACAGCCGGGCGGGGCUCUAGGGGGCCCCCCGGUGGCUGAUGGGGGUAUUUUUUUUAGCAUUACGAUAUACAUUGUCAUUCGUUUCCUUAGGUCUCUGUGUAAUGAUCCCUCCGCUACAAUAGUGAUUUAUGGUGUAUUUCUCAGUAUUCUCGCGCACUUAGUACAAUGGGAAGCCGUCGGCCGGGGACCAAAAUGGAGGCCCAACUUGUCAUGUGAUGUAAUAUGGCGGCCACACCCCCCGAGACCCUGAGAUUCAGAAUGCUGGUAACUUGGGGGUAACUUCAACCCCCCAACCUAGCAGUCCCUGUUAUUAAUGUAUCCGCAGAAUGUUCUUCCAGGAAUCCGUAGAACCUGGUGCUUUCAUAGGGGGCGGGAACCUUCAGCUGCCUUUUUUUGGGGGGGGGCUUAGCAUCACUGGGAACCCCGCAAAGUAUUACACUACUCCAUAUUGUCCCUAAACAGCCAUAGCUUUUUUAUUAAUACCGUAUCUACCCCCGUGCAGAAAUGUCCCCUUAAUUGAAUAUAACUCCCCUUUGUUGUGGUCUUUCAGACAAUUUGCAAUUGGUCUUUGUUAUUUCUAUUCUUUUAUCCAUUUUCUGUUCAGCAGCUCUUAAGUUUAGCAUUUGAGCAGCUAUCUGGUUGCUAGGUUCCAAAUUACCUUAGCAACAGAGGGGGGGGUGGUUUGAAUGAGAGGCCGGUAGAUGAAUAGGAGAGGAGCUGAAUAGAAAAAGAAGUUAUGAAAAGUAACAAUAAAACUAGAGCCUCGCAGAGCAAUAGUUUUUUUGGUUGCCGGGGUCAGUGACCCCCUUCCCGUUUGAAAGCUUCCAGUUAGAAGAAGGCAGUUCAAAAGCGAUAAAUAAUUAAUAAUAAAGACCAAUUGAAAAGUUGCUUAGAAUUGGAUAUUCUAUAACAGGGGUCCUCAAACUAUGGCCUACGGCCUCCCAAGGUCAUUUACCUGGGUUGGACUGGGGGGUGAAGGGCCCACCGUGGCUCUCGCCCCAGGGACCCUGCAUGUGCCCCCGCCAGCCGCAUCCCCUAACCAACCUGCCUCCCACAGGGGCCCCCCUAACCCCCCUCGCAGGGCCCCCCACCCGACGUCCUCCCCCGAGCAUGUACAUUUAACACAUCAGAGGAGGAGCAGUCGGGCAGGGGGAGCGCCAGCAAGGGUCGGGUCUGGGCCACCGGGGCCCACUAGAGCCGGGGCCCACCAGUCCAACCCUGCCCCCCGCCCACACUGCAUCCUCACCCCUGGCUACUACCGGUCUGCCUCAGCGUGGCCCUGGAGCCCCAGUACGUCGUGUAACAGUGUCCUAGAUAGUUGAAGACUAACUAUAGUCCGGCCCCCCAACAGUCUGAGGGACCGUGAACUGGCCCCCCCUGUUUAAAAAGCUUGAGGACCCCUGUUCUAUAAUAUACUUAAAGCUGAACAGACCCAUUAAGGGUUGACUGAUACCGACGCUAACAUUGACUUUGCUGGCAAAGCUUCCUAUUAAUUCUUACCGUAAGAAAGCAAAUACUGCAAAUGGCGCCCCCAAAUGGCGCUUGUGGCCUCGCUUGAAUCCAACGUGUGACAUAAAGUCACCGAGGCGGUUCCGCCGGGCCCAGUUGUUGGAAAGGGAAUGAGCGAGGGGCGACCAAUGACACGAGUGGAAGUGAAACCGUGGGGGGGGGGGGGGUUCCUGCCCUUUGCGCCGGGGGCCGCGGUGCCUUCAGGGAACCAGAAUAUUUACUGCAGGUCGGUGCGCGGUUCUACCCAAGUGCCAGCUUUAUUGUGUGUGUAUAUAUUUUAUACUCUCCGGUUGGUAAAUGACAUUAGUAGCGCCUGUUUCUUAGAUUCUUUUUUUUUUUUUUUGAUUU